AUGAAUCAACGUCUGGCAGCUGAGAAGCGGGUCGUCGUCCCGCACGAUGAUUCGGCCGGUGGUUCACGAGACCUUUCCAGCGAUUAUUCGAGGCACUGGAACUUGACGCCACGGAAAUUUCGGCGUCUUAUUCGUAAUGUCCCAAUCUUUAAACUCGUCAAGUACAUCCUGGUUCUGGUCGUGGUGCUCGCCGUUGCCACUCCCAUACUCGCUCCAUCUUACACCAACCCACCGCCACAGUAUCGAGAACUCAACGCUCGGUGUGCUGGAGCAUCACCUAACAACGGAUGUGGAAAUCCCUUUGAAGAAAAGGUGUUUAUCAGCGUAAGCCUUUACGAUAAGAAUGGGCAUCUGGCCAGUGGAUCAUGGGGCAAGGCAUUGUUGGAGCUGAUUAAUCUCCUCGGGCCGGAUAACGUUUUCCUUAGUAUCUAUGAGAACGACAGUGGCAACGACGGUGCACGCGCACUAGAGGGUUUGAAGGAGAGGCUUCCUUGUCGGCACAGGAUUGUCAACGAUGCACACGUGUCUUUGGAUGGUUUCCCGACAAUAGUCAUGCCAGAUGGCACGGAACGUGUCAAACGGCUUGCGUAUUUGUCCGAGAUACGAAAUCGAGCAUUGCGGCCACUCGACACACUCGACGAGACAGAACUAGGCGUGGGUCCAGAAGGAUUUGACAAGAUUUUGUUUCUCAACGACGUCGACUUCCACCCAACUGAUGCGGCAAACCUCCUCUUCAGCACGAACUUGGGGCACGAUGGGCGGGCGAAUUAUCUUGCAGCCUGUGGUCUGGAUUUCAUGCAGCCCCUCCUGUUCUAUGAUCUCUACGCUCAGCGAGAUGCUGAAGGUUACAGCGGGGGUAUACCCAUCUUUCCGUUUUUCACUACCGAAGGUCAAGGCCUAUCGCGAGCUGCAAUUCUUGCUCAGAGUGAUGCGGUACCUGUUAGAUCUUGUUGGGGCGGUAUCGUCGCUAUGCAAGCAAGAUACGUUCAGAAUCUCAACAAAGUGCUGCCAACAACGAAUUUCCAAGAAAUUGGAAGCCAUGUAAUCAAUCCCGCGGUAGCGCAGAUUGUGACAGCCCCAGUACGUUUCAGGAACGAGCCCGAGAUAUUUUUCGAUGCAUGCGAGUGCUGUCUGUUUCUCGCAGAUGUUUCGCAAGCCGCAAAAAGCAUGGGAGCUCAAGAGCUAGGAACAUAUGUCAACCCUUAUGUGCGCGUUGCAUAUUCACAAAGCACACUGGGCUGGCUGCGCUGGGUUCGGCGAUGGGAACGUCUUUUUGUGAUUCCGCAGUGGCUGAUCAGCAAGAUUGUGGGAUUGCCAACGCACAACCCACAUCGGACAGUUCAGCAAGGCGAGCCGUUUACGGAAGAGAUAUGGACUGGACCACAGCCGGGAAGUUGGCAGUUGACUGAGCGAACAGGUCGCAACGGCUUGUUCUGCGGAGUACGUGAGAUGCAGUUGGUGCAGACCGGCGGCCGCACAACAGACAAAAAUUGGGAGAACAACAAGAUGCCGCCAGGCCAGAUCCUAAAAUUUCCAACGUAA